GGAUUUAUAACAUUUUAAAAUAUUGAAGUUAUUGUUUUUAGUUAUUAAAUUAGUAUUAAUCAAUUAAUUAAUUAAUCAGCUGUUUAUUUUUCAAUCGAUAUGAGCGAUUUAGAAGAUAUAGAUGAUUUUUAUAAUGAAUCAUUUGAAAAUGAUAAAAAAGUAAGGCCUCCUGCGGCUCCUCCAAAAUAAAAUGCAGUAGUCUCUUCAAAUAAUAAAAAUAAUAAAAACUCAAAUUAACAAGAUGAUGAAUAUUUUGAUGAUUUUAAUACAAAGCCAUUAGAUGAAUCUAUAAAUGAUGAUCAUGCAAAAUAGAAUAACCAUGAAGAAUAUGAUUCUUAUGGAGAUUAAUAGAAGAAUUAAAAAAUUCCUAUUAUUCCAAAAUAAAAUUAGCAAAAACCUUAAGCUGAAUAGCACUAACCAGUUGUUUAGGAACAUAGAAAAAGCGAGCUUCCUUCAUAAAAUCAGUCCGCAAAAAAAAAUGAAAAUCAAAUACCAACUACAAAUUCAAUUUAAAAUUCAGUUAUGACCAGCUAAAAUAAGCAAACUUUGAUUGAGAAAAAUAAAAAGUUAAAAUAAGAUCUUAAAAUGUUGGCUACUGAACUUGAUAAAAUAUUAGUCAAAGAGAAAGAAAAAAGAGAACAAAGAUACAGUCAGAAGGAGGAAGACGAAGAGCUAAAAGAUCGUAAACAUAGAGUGUAAAAAUAAUUAGCUGAGAUAAAUAAAUUGAAAUAGAAUAUUACGAGGAUAAAAAAUCAAUUAUAAAAUGUGUUUGAAAAUAAUAAUGUAGUCUAAAAAGAAGAUGAGUUGCUCUUUUUGAAGAAAUAAAUUGCUGAAGUUAAAUCUGAGUAUGAUAGCUUGCAAAAUAUAAACGAAAAGUAGUAACAAGCUUUAAACGAAUUAAAAGAUAAUGGACAGUAUUCUUCUAAUGUUGAAAAACUACGCUAAACUUUAGCCAAAGUCAAAGAUGAAUAUAGAAAGUUGAAUGAUUAAGUAUAAGAUUAAGAAAAAGAUUUAAGGAAAUAACAUGAAAACUUAGUAACAAAAGAAGAUAAUAUCAGAUAGCUAACAGAAAGAAUAAAUGAAAAAAAGAGAUCUUAAAAUAGUCAUCAGUCUCAAGCUGGUGAUGAUGAUGUUUAUGAGAGAGACCUCCAAGAUUUAGAGGAAAAAAUUAAAGAACAAGAAAAUAAAAAGAAGCAAAUUGAAAAAAAAUAUUUGGAAAAGUAAAAAUAAAUUGAGAAAGAAAAGAGAGAUCUUCAGCAAGAGCUUUCUAAGAAAAUGACAAUUUUAAAGAGCAAAGAAAAAGAAAUAAAACUUAACUAAAUCAAGCUUAAAGAAGUAGAAAAAUAUAUAAGAAAUAUGAAUGCAAAAGAGGAUACUAAAAGUGUUGUUAGUGAAAGCCAUAUGGAUAUUAUUAAUAGAGACCAUUCUAAAAAUGUAAAACAACUUAAACGCCCACCUAUGCUGAAUAAAAAACCAGGAGCUUCUGCUAACCCUAGAAAAGACGAAGGACAAAUAAAGGUUGAGGAUUAAUAAAAGUAGUAGCCUUAAAAGAAAUAGAAUGAAGCUGAUGAUUAAGAAAGAGGUAGAAGAAAAGAAAGGACACCUGAAAGUAAUUAAAAGUAAUCUAAUAAAAAGCAAAGAGAUUAAUCCCCUGAAUAGAAUAACAACUAGUAACACAAAUAAGAAAAAUAAUAAGAUUAUAAAAAACCUUCAGAAUAAGAAGUAGAUCUUGAUGAAUUAGAGUAUGCAAACAACGACUUUGACGAUUAUAAUAGCAGAUAAAAUACUGCUUAAGGGUAAAGAAAACCAGAUUCAACAAAAUAGAUUAGUAAUAAUUAAAUAAGUUAAAAUCAAAAUAAAAAAGAUGAUAGCUUUGAUUUAUAAAGUGAGUCCUAACCUUCAAAAAAUAAAUUUAAAGAGCUUGAUGAUGAUAAUGCAAAGGAUCAGGAAAAUAAUAAUUAAAUGAAUUCAAAGGAAGAAAAUAUUGAAGAAAAAGUAGAAGAAAAUGUAUUUUCUAAGCCAGCUUUCAUGCUAAAAAAGAAAAAAUGA